GGAAGGGGGCGAGGGGCAGCGGAAGAGCUUGAGAACUUUCGUCUUCUACGCAUCGGGCAUCGCUGUGGGGGUGGGGUUUGGGUCGUAUCUGGGUGCAAGAGGUGGAUCGAUCUGUCGCUCGUUAGCUCUCGGAACGAUCCAUUUAUUGGCUUCGUCUUAUAUUGAAGGCGGAGCGCACGUCGAUCUCGUCACUUCGGUGAGAGUUCUUGAGUUGUUUCGGGUGAAAUUUGUUGGGAAAAAAAAUGGCCUCCUCCGCGCGCACUGCCGCGGCUCUCUUGAAGAGGACGAUCAAUUCUUCGUCGUUGCAGGUUUCUUCUGUUGGUCUGAGGGGUAUUGCGACAUCGCCAGCGGUCGAGCAGGCCGCUCCAUCUUCUCCUUCCAGUACGGUCAAUGCGACGAGUAGUGUGAAGACCAAGUCACAACCGAAUCUUAAGAAAUUUUCAAUUUACAGGUGGAAUCCUGACGAGAACAAGAAGCCGCAGGUGCAGACUUACACUAUCAACACGAAUGAGUGCGGACCUAUGGUUUUGGACGCGUUGAUCAAGAUUAAGAAUGAGGUGGAUACUGGUUUGAGUUUCAGGCGUUCGUGCCGAGAGGGGAUUUGUGGCUCUUGUGCCAUGAAUAUGGACGGGAAAAAUGGACUCGCUUGUCUGACAAAGAUUAACUCUGAUUCUGCCAAGGAGACUUUGAUCACCCCUCUGCCUCACAUGUUCGUUGUGAAAGACUUGGUCGUGGAUAUGACCAACUUUUAUAGCCAGUACAAAAGUAUUGAACCGUGGCUGAAGAGGAAGACUCCCAACAAGAAUCCGGGUAAGGAAAACUAUCAGAGUGAGCAGGAUCGGAAAAAGCUGGACGGUAUGUACGAGUGUAUUUUGUGCGCUUGCUGCAGCACCUCUUGCCCGAGUUACUGGUGGAAUCCGGAGAAGUAUCUGGGACCCGCAGCUCUGUUGCACGCCCACAGGUGGAUAGCAGACAGCAGAGAUGAGUACACAAAGGAGCGAUUGGAAUCCAUCGAUGAUGAAUUCAAGCUAUAUCGCUGUCAUACAAUCAUGAACUGUGCCAAUGCUUGUCCAAAGGGUUUGAACCCAGGUUUGCAGAUCUCGAAAAUCAAAAAACUCCAGGCCACUCGAUGAUCUGCAACCGAGUCCAUUGUGGUGGCCAGCUUUGGCAUUGUGAUGCACCAUUGUUACUGCUGCUUCAUCCUGUUGAAAGAAACAGGAAUGAUCCCAUUACGGCAGGCCCACUGAGAUGACGUUCUAAAAUAUAUUUCCGUGUCUUUUUUCGCUAUUGCGAGAAAACAUGGGAGCUGUAAGAGAGGAUAUUUUACGGUGAUGUUCAUUCGACAGAGACGAGGCAUCAUGUUCAUGUUUUGGUGGCUUAGUUGUUACAUAGAAGUAGAUAAGGCCUACCUUGAAAAUGAAAUCGAAUGGCCAUCCAGAAAGAGAACCUCAUGUUGGCUGGGCUACGAGUUUAUGAACUUUUACGCGUGUUAAAGUUGAUGCUUUUCCAGGUCGUUAAGUACUCCCAGCUUAUCCGGUACAUUUUUCCAUCUGUAUAUAAAGUGGACUAAGAAGUUUUUGAGAUGACGAGUAGGUAGAAGGUGCUCAAAAAUGGUGGAUAUGUGCACAAAAAACGUUCACUGUUGCCUUUAUACUCCGUAGGUCUACCUUACCUCGUUUGUCAGAGUAACUGCUAUGAAAUUCUUUUACACUUCGAAAACAGCUGCAAAGGAUUGAUUUACA